CUAAAAUUGGCAACUAUUCAUUAACGAAAGCUAAAAGAUUAUAAAGUAGCCCGCUGCCAUAAACUCGGUUCAUUUAGGGACAAGCAUCAGCACACAAGAAUACCACAGAGAUGACGACCAAUAAAGAGGAGGGGGAGUUAGCUUAUGUUGCAACAGAGAUGGGAGGCCUUACCAUUAGACAGUUGGAAACCAGUACCAUAGUCAGAGAUGAAGCCCAGAAGAUUCAAAUCCUUACAAUCGGACAGGAAAAUAACAAAUCAACUAAAACCAUUCUUUUCAUUGGACAAACAGGAUCCGGCAAAACCACGGUUUUGAAUGCGAUGAUCAACAGUCUGAUGGGCGUUCAGUUUGAGGACAAUUUUCGAUACUCUGUGAAAGAUGAAAUAGGCGAACAGGAGAAAAAAAUAACGGACAGUCGGACAGAGUUUGUGACAGGGUACCUCAUCUAUGAUAAUCCUCGCAUGACAUAUGACUGCAACUUUCUACUCAUUGACACUCCCGGACUGUUAGAUAUAAAAGGGGAGCAACAUCACAAGGAAAUUAUAAAGCGGCUAGAAUUUAUUGUCCGAGAAGACAAUUUUAACGUAAAUGAGCUUCACUGUCUUGCCUUUGUCAUUAAUGGGACUAUCAACAGAACUUAUAAGUACGUGAAUGAUAUCAUCACAGACUUUGAAAACCUGUUUGGAAGAGAGACCAUCAACGUGACAAACGUCAUUGCAACGCACACUCUUGAAGGUUCAUCUGUGCAAAAUGUCGUAACAGACAUGAAAUUAAGCUAUAUUAAGUGCUACAACUUUGAAAAUGAAUAUAUUUUCUGUAAAAAUCAAGACAACACCAGGCUUGCCAAAUGUGCAGCCUUAACAUGGGAGGAAGUCAUGGAACAAUAUCAGAAUUUUUUUAAAAGGGUUGUUGCAGUCUCACCAGUAAGUCUUUUAAUGACUAAGGAGUUAAUCAUUGAGAAGAAUGAACUCAAGAGAACAAUAGCUAAUUUACGGAAUCACAUAAAGUGUAAAAUCAACAGAAUGUUAGAUUAUGAAAAUAGAAAUGAAUUAUACGAAGAGCAUCAGAGAAACAUGGAAAGUAACAAGGAAUUUCAAUAUGAGGAAACGGUUAUUGAAAAACGUAAAAUUCCCAUUGAAAAUUUGAAUGCUCAUGCUCACAACUGUACUGUCUGUAAUAAAACCUGUAUCUCCUCCUGUACAAAAGGCUCUUUUGGACACCUUUUCCAAUCUAGUACAUGUUCGAGCUGCAAAUGCCCGUGGGAAAAGCAUAAACUGGAGCAGAGCAGCAUUGUAUCGGAACACAAAAAAAGAGUAGUCUUUCGUGAAGAAAUGGCAAAUAGAUUCAAAGAAGCCACGAGUAAGACAAAGGAUCUUGAGGAAGAAAAGAAGAGAUUAGAAGAGCAAAUAAAGGAAGCCUCCAUUGAAGUAGUGAUGCUUACCCGAAAAGUUGAAGAGCACAUCAGAAGAAUAGAUCGAAUGACAAGAAUUGCAGAGCCCUUGACUUUCACUGAAUAUUUAGAUGGCGUUCUUAACGACGUAAAGAAAGAGAUAACUCCAAAGCUAAGGACCGACACAGACAAGGCGUUUGUCAACCAAAUAAUUGACGAAAUCCGAAACAAUCCCAAAGUUCUUCGACUAAUGUAGGGGUAAUCUGUUUCACACGUAUAAGCUUUAGGUGUUGUUCCUAAUAUACAUGUACGUGUGUGUGUGUGUGUGUGUGUGUGUGUGUGUGUGUGUGUGUGUG